AUGUAUCUACGGCGAAAUAUCGACCUAAGCGACUGGGCCACUGUACAGUGCCGGCUUCUGGAACGGUUCGACAAAACAAUGUCGCAGAGUCAACUGCUAACGAAAUUGGGUAAAGUACGGUGGAAUGGAAACCCUAAAGAGUAUACGGACCAGUUUGCGGCUGUAGCGGAGCGUGGAGUUGGGAUCGCCCCCGACGAGCUCGCUGACUUCUACUGCGCUGGGCUGCCAACUGACCUGCAUCUCCUCAAUACAAAUAAUGGGCUGGUCAAGUAUUCCUUCUGGGAACAAGCGGCGACAGCAGCAGCGCGACUCUAUGAACCUAAGCAGACCGUGCUAGAGCUACGAGAAAGGGCUAGUCGAGCAAUAAGAGCUGCUACUGAGGCAAAUGCAACCCAUCGGAAGCAGGAAAAUGAAACUAGGCCUGAAGGAAACUCCGGGAACUGCUAUGAGUGUCAGGGUCGUGGACACCCGGCACGAGUUUGCCCCAGCAAAGGGGAACGGACCAAGUGCCUGGGCGAGACCUGCAAAAAGUGUGGAGGUGUUGGACACUAUGCUCGUGACUGUCCUACACAUGACCGAGGCUGUGCCGAGCCGGAAAACAAGAGCAGCAGGCAACCUAUCCGUCCCAACACUGAGAAAACGGAACGAUUAAACAAGGGGGCCUAG